AUCUCUCUCAUAUUUCAUUUUCUCUCUCUUUGUACGUACGUAUUUGUGAUAUACUCUGUAGUACGUACGUACAUACGGAGUGUAUAUAAAUAAUAAAAGGGCGGGAAAUGUCGGGGAGCCGGAGGGGGAGACCGUCAAGUAGAGUUCCGGCGCCGGCGCCGAGGAUAACGGAAGACCAGGUCGCCGACCUCGUCUCCAAGCUGCAGCGCCUCCUCCCUCAGAUCCGUAACUCCCGUUCCGACAGGGUAUCGGCGGCGAAGGUGUUGCAGGAGACAUGCAACUACAUAAGGAGCCUACACAGGGAAGUGGACGACUUGAGUGACCGGUUGGGGCAGCUCUUGGAGUCCAUUGAUGCUGACACUGCCCAAGCUGCCCUUAUUAGAAGCUUACUCAUCCAAUAAUUUCAUUUAUUGACAAUUACUAUUGUUAGUCAAUCAUCAUAUCUUCAUUAAUUAAUUCAAUAAUUAGUAGAGUAGAAU